AUGUCCUUAGAAAAAGCUAAACAAGUGGCAGCAUACCGCGCGGUCGAUGAAUUUGUUAAAAGUGAUUGUGUUUUUGGAGUUGGAAGUGGUUCAACAGUUGUGUACGCUGUACAGCGAUUAGCAGAAAGAGUAGAAACUGAAAACCUGAAGGUAAUAUGCAUUCCAACUUCUUUUCAAGCGAAGCAAUUGAUAAUUAAGCACAAAUUAACUCUUGGAGAGUUGGAAACCAACCCAGUCAUAGAUGUAACAAUAGAUGGCGCAGAUGAAGUAGAUUCCAAUAUGACUCUGAUCAAAGGAGGCGGAGGAUGCUUACUUCAAGAAAAAAUUGUAGCAUCAUGUUCGAAGAAACUUGUUGUUAUCGCUGAUUAUACUAAAGACUCUCAAAAACUAGGUGAUAGAUAUAAAAAGGGAAUACCAAUAGAAGUUAUUCCUAUGGCAUAUAUACCAAUUAAAAAUAAAAUUGCCUCCUUGUUUGGAGGGGAAUUGAAGCUACGCAACGCCAUAGCAAAAGCGGGCCCAGUUGUAACAGACAAUGGAAAUUUCAUUCUAGAUUGGGUUUUUACAAACCAAGACCUGGAUUGGGAAAAGGUGUCGAGUGUUAUAAAAAUGAUUCCGGGUGUUGUUGAAACAGGAUUAUUUGUAAAAAUGUGCCAAAAGGCUUAUUUCGGACAAGCUGAAGGCACUGUUGUUGAAAGAUUUGUUUAA